AUGAGUUACGAUCCGAUACAUGAUAGGUACACACCAUCGAAAUCACAAGAAACUGCAUUGGCUCUGAGCCCCACACGUCAACAUUCGCAAUCAUCAACACGCUCUGAGCAUCGAUCAAGUGAAACAAGCGGAGGAAGUGUUGGAAGUGGAGGAGGAGCACUUUCUAUAACUGAUUUAGUUACAGCUGAAACUGCAGAGAAUGAUGGAAUCAUAGAAACUGCAAAUGCGACGGAGACAACAGUGCAAAGGCCCAUGCAAACAACAGCAACAACAGCAACAACUACAGUCCCAACAGCAUCGAAAUCUACUAAUAUUGAUUCAACUGCAAAUGCAUCAACCCCGUCACGUGGCAUCAAUUCUAUCUCACAUCUUAUAGAGACCCCACCGCCAAAUACUGAUGCAAAUGCUGGUGUAAAUAACGAUGAAAAUGAUGCCGAUGCCGAGGGCGAGGCAGAUGGCGAGGCAGAUGGCGAUAACGAUGGAGAUGACGACUAUGACGAGACUGAUAUAAAUUCAACAACCAUGGGUGAUGAUGAAGAUUAUAUUGCACCAUCAAGCCGUCUGAAACAAAACAAUCACAACCGUCAACGCGACCACAACAGUAGCCACAAUACCCCGCGCUCAUCCAAGAGAAAAGCCCCAUCGUCUGCUUCAUCAACAUCUACGUCAUCAUCAUCAUCAUCAAAGAGAAAGAAAAAAAGUAACAUUGCCAAUUCAAAACUAUCAUUAAAGAAAGGAGAUGGUGAGCCCUUCUGGAGAAAGGAUAUACAAUAUGACUUAUUACAAGCAAUUUUUGAUGAUAAGACGGCGUGCUUCACAAACUCUUUUCCCGAACUGAACGUGCCUGGAGCUAAUAAUUCAAGUAAAUUGACAUUUGCAGAGAUUUAUGUGCGAACCUUGGCCGAGUCUAGCAAGAGCUCCAAAAUUCUCAAGGAGAAAUUGCUACGUGAUGAGAAUCUAGGGAAAGGUGUGUCGAAGGUAUGUGUAUUGGUGAAUGUUGGUCGAAUGAACACCACCAUCAAUUUUGUGCAUGAUAUGAAAUCAACAUUGAGGACAUACCAUUCAAUUCCAUCAUUGCAAACAGGUCCCGAUGGCGGCACGGUAUAUCAAUUGCAAGAUACGCCGCGAUUAAAAUCUAUAAUCAAAGCCGUGUGCGACGAAGACGAAGAGGGUAAGUUUGACAGCUUGGAGCAAUUAAUGAAGCUGAGCACCAAUGGGAAAAGACCAAAUACGAAUGUUGCACAAGUAUUGUUUUUGUUGGAAAAUGCAAAUAGUGGCAUUCCAAUAAUAGACAAUAAGGAUUUCCACAUUCUUGAUUUGUUUGUCAAUGUCAAGAUCGACCCUAAAGUGAGAGCUCGUCAAUUUUUAUGGCUUGUAUAUUCACAUUUAGAGACGGACUUUUCAAGUCAACAGUUGAGUGAAAAUCCAUUUGGCAUUGAUGGUUCUUUCCCCAAGGAUGUUCCAAUACCCGAUGAAGAUUUUGCCAAUUACGAUAAGGAUACUGACUAUGAGAUUCAGUAUGCUGAUGAGAUGUUCAAAGCGAGAAUGCAGUAUGUGAGCGAGGAUCAUAGUAAUGACACACCACAUAGAUCCGUUGAUAGACUCGGUAGGCUGAGCUUGGGUCUGAGUCUGGGUCUGAGUCUGGGUCUGGGUCUGGGUCUUGGUCUGCAUCUGCAAUUGACAGGCGAGAAACGGGCAGGUAGCGGGAGCAGAAAAAGAGCCGCGGCAAUAGCAGCAGCAACAACGUCCUCAGUUGCAGGGGACCAUGAUGAUUCGUUCCUUAGUGAUAUUGAAGAAAGUGAUGUGAAGCCAAAAUCAGAGAAAACACAAACGGGUAAAAGGAGAUAUAGGAGAAAUAAAGGCGUCGAGACUGAGCAAAAGUCAACCGUUUCUGAUACUUACCUUAGUACAUUCUUAACAAGUAAGAAUUUCAAAGAUACUAGAAUUGGCAGUAGUGCAAACGCUUCCUAUGAUUUACAAUUUCCUAUGGAUGGUUUAUUUAACUUGAAAACCCAUUUCAAAAGAGCAUCUUACCUCCCCAAUGAACCAUUACCUACAGAGUCCAUAGCUCACAAGUGUGACCUUGUGGAGAUUUCGAGACCUAUAGUUUAUGAUGUGCGUACUUCAUCAAAGGCGAGUACUGCUUCAUUUAACAAAAAAAUUACCAUCUUGGGUAAUUGGAUCUAUCGGUAUUUCAGAUACAAGAGAACUAUUGGGAACAAGUUGCUUGGUUUGGAAUGGGAAGACAUUAGGCAUGACAUGAUCAAGGGUACCGAGAAGUAUCUUUAUGAGAAUUUUGGUCAAUCCUUAACUGCAAAGGUUGGUGGUGGAGGCGUCAAUGAAAAUAAUCGUGGUGCUACCGAAAAUGAAGGAGUUGAAACUGAGAACAAAUCUGUAUCAGGUACAAAUACAGGAGAUGCAGUGGUUUUCAAUUUCCUAUCGCAAGGAGAUUUCAAUAAGGCAAAUGAGAGGAAGGCAUUUGAGCUCCAACUAAUCAAUUUCGUCAAUGAGUUGUUUAUAAAACAAUUGGAGAAAAAAGAAAAGCAGCAGCGUCUCAAGAUUGGCGGGGUAAAGAAUCGGAUAUCGUUUGACCUUGACAAUGAGACUGUACUGCUAUAA